AUGGAUGACAUUUAUAAGGCAGCGGUUGAACAGCUGACAGAAGAGCAAAAAAAUGAGUUCAAGGCUGCCUUUGACAUCUUCGUGCUGGGGGCAGAGGAUGGCUGCAUCAGUACCAAGGAGCUGGGGAAGGUGAUGAGGAUGCUGGGGCAGAACCCCACCCCUGAGGAGCUGCAGGAGAUGAUAGAUGAGGUGGAUGAAGAUGGCAGCGGCACGGUAGACUUUGAUGAGUUCCUUGUUAUGAUGGUCCGGUGUAUGAAAGAUGACAGCAAAGGAAAAACUGAAGAGGAACUCUCAGAUCUCUUCAGGAUGUUUGAUAAAAAUGCCGAUGGCUACAUCGACCUUGAAGAGCUGAAGAUCAUGCUUCAAGCAACGGGAGAGACCAUCACCGAGGAUGACAUUGAAGAACUGAUGAGAGAUGGGGAUAAAAACAAUGAUGGCAGGAUUGACUAUGAUGAGUUCCUGGAGUUUAUGAAGGGAGUUGAAUAA